AACGCAUCUUUGUUAUGCUGGUGGAGGUCACAAAGAAGACUUCUUAUAAAAACCACGGCACAACGCUAGUCUUCCCUUUGUGUUCAGCGAACUUUUGUUUGGUGGGAAUGUUGUGGUGCAACAUGUCCUCCUCAGAAAGUCGCUCUGUGUUUGCGAGCGUACUUUCCAGUCUGCCUCGUGAUGGGAUUGACGAAGCACGUGGCCUCGGAUGAUUUGCGCCAUAGGCGUUUAGGCUGCUGAACAUCUGCGUUUGAUGCAUCGAUUUUAAGUCGCAUUGAACGCAACAAGGAGUUAAAUCGGUGGUAUGAUGCUCGUUGCUAAAGUUUCUUUGUUUCUAUCAGCUUUCACCGAUGGUAAACAAGAAGUUCCCAACUGGGAAGAGGUCUUAGUGAGUGAUGUAAGAAGACCAAGAAGUCCAUUUGGUGAUGUACAGUUUGGAAAGGGCUCUUCUGCAUGUAUGUCACUAAUGUGCAAAUGUAGUUUUAAAACGUUAGCGUUACAGAAUUCGUGCUUUUUGGAUGUAUGGAUAAAUGUCUUAAUAAAAAUGUGAACAAAACCUUAAUUUGAGUUGUGUGUAGUUAUGGUAACUAUAAUUUAAGAUACUGGAGUGGUGCUAGUUUCGUUAAUCUGAAUUAUUGUGGUGGUUACCUCGUAGGUUUGUCUUAUAAAUGGUGUCUAUACGACAGUCUUAAAAAAAAAAAAAAAAAAAAAAAAAAAAAAAAAAAAAACUUUUGUUUGCUAGCAAAUGCUUGAACACAUGGCAUGCGUCCAAUAUCGGCGUGUGAAAUACACUGAUCUAAUAGACAACACAUUGUAUAAACCCAGCAUCCUACACGGAUGAUCCACUCGCUUCUGUCGGCAGGAAGACCGGAGUCCUGAGACCGUUACAUGCUCUCUACUUCCGGAUUACUGCUCCUAAUGCUCGCUCAGUUCUAUAGUUCAUCAACCGAAUGAUAUUUAAGAGCGAUUUUGUAGAUUAGUGUCUCUGAAAGACGAGCUCUGCGCUACGUUUUCAUCUAGACUCGAGCGACUGUUGGAUUUACGCGUUUAAAUGAAACUUGUAAGAUUUAUGAACAAUCGUGCACCAUCUAAUAAGAGAUAUCAGCCAACAGAAUAUGAGCACGCUGCUAACUGUGCCACACAUGCGCUCUGGAUCAUUCCCAGCAUUGUGGGUGGGAUCUUGUUGUACCUCUUAUCUGAUGACCACUGGGAGGAGAUUUCAGCAUGGCUCUAUGGGGCAGGACUAUCAAGCCUUUUCAUCAUAUCCACAGUUUUCCAUACUAUCUCCUGGAAAAAGUCUCAUCUCCGAUCAGUUGAGCACUGUUUCCACAUGUGCGACAGGAUGGUGAUCUAUUUCUUCAUUGCAGCGUCCUACACGCCUUGGCUGACUCUGCGGGAUCUUGGUCCAUGGGCUGCCCAAAUGCGUUGGGUGGUCUGGGUGAUGGCCUCUGGAGGAACUGCCUAUGUGUUCUUCUUCCAUGAAAGAUUUAAAGCUGUAGAGCUGAUCUGUUACGUAACAAUGGGUGUUUUCCCUGCUCUUGUCAUCCUCUCUAUGGCAGACAGGUCAGGUCUGUGUGAGCUGUUGGUUGGUGGCGGGUGUUAUGUGUUGGGCAUGGUGUUCUUUAAAAGUGAUGGAAUAGUGCCCUUUGCUCACGCUAUAUGGCACCUGUUUGUUGCAAUGGGAGCAGGCAUCCAUUACUAUGCCAUCUGGAAGUACCUGUACACACCUGUCAAUCAACCAACCAGUACAGCCCGGUGACACACAUAAGCAUACACCUAACCACAAAAUCAUUUGAAUCAAAAGUGCUACUAAAGCAUAAGCAGUAUUGUUUAUUUGCUCUGUUGUUUUUUUGCAAGCGAACAAUUUGACUGAUGCCAUUCUUGUCACUUAUUAAUAGGUCUUUAAUUAGCACAUACAACAGAAAUUACAUCUAGCCUUUGUGAGACUGCAGGCAGCAGGGGUCAUUUUGAACCUGAGGCCGUGUGGAUCCAGAACAAGAAAGUUUCUAGAAUACUAUGGACGUAUUACAUGAAGGUUUACAGUUUGAAGGUAAAAUCACUGCCAGAUAUUUGUAAAAACAUUCAUCCUGGAUAGAAAUUACUUGACAACAGUUUAAAGAUUUUUCUGUAGUGUCUUUAAACCGACUUGGGAUUAUUCCACUAAUUCUGCCACUGCCAGUGUGGAGAUUGUCUUAUUCCUGUCAGAAAUAUGAGUACAUUUCGUAUUACUGCACACAGUAUCAAUUCUCCAUGCUUCUAGUCUAGUCCUAGUCUGUUGCAUUUUUGGAUGUGUAAUGUCUUUGGAAAAAUGCCACAAGUGCUUGAUGACUAUGUCCAGGGAACGAUUUGCCUGGACAGGUCAUCUGAUUUCAUGGUUUAAUGGAAAAGUUCAGACUCUCAUAGUAUGAUUGUGCUUUAUUUAUUUAUAACUUUUUUUUUUUUUUUUUUGUGACUUUAAAAUGUGUUUCAUGUGGUAAUAUCUAUUUAUUGGUUUUAAUCAAGUCAAGAAUUAUUUAACAUUUUAAUUAAUAUUAAAUGACAGAAUCAACAUGACUACAUCAUAGGAUUACACCAACUCAUAGGAAAAUAGCUCACUUUUUUUAAUUUUUUUUUUUUUUACAGUUUUUACAGCAUUGGGACUUUUGCCUGUUUUACUGCAUUCUAUUUGAAAACAAGUGUUUUAUUUUAUUUAUUUUAUGUUAUUUAUUCCUUUCAAUUUACAGCUGCUGUAGAUGUUGUAUUACAGAUCAUUUUAUAUGAGAACUUAAUAGGGUAUGAAAAACAUCAGCUAUUUGCCUUCAUCAUUUAAAGGUUUAAAACUACAUUUUGAGAGAAUACUGAUGUACUGACUUUAUUCAGAUUCACCUCAGAUCCGUUUGAGAGUCAUUAAAGAAACAAUGCACCCAAAAAUGAAACCUGUCAGCAUUUACUCACACCGGUUAAGUUCCAUACCUGCAUUUUUGUCUUUCUUCUGUAGAAUACUAAAUUAAAUGUGUAGCGGAAUGUCCAGGCAGCUCUUUUUUUAUGGAAGCUUGUUUCCACCACAGGAUGAAAAAGGCAGUUGUGACUUUUUUAGGGCUGCAAAACGAUUAAUCGUGAUUAAUCACAUUCAAAAUAAAAGUUUAUGUUUAAAUACUACGUGUGUGUGUAUUUAUAUAUACAUAAUAAAUAUACAUACAUAUAGUAUUUAAACAUAAAAUUUAAAAAAAUUUGAUUGAUCGCGAUUAAUCAUUUUACAGCCCUAGACUUUUUUUCAAUCUCACAAUUUGGACUUAUUCUCUUGAAAUUAUGGGAAUAAAAGAAAACUCAGAAUUCUAAGAUGUAAACUUAGAAUUGUGACUUUUCCCCAUGCAAAUUCUGAGUUUAUAUCUUAAUUAUAACUUUUCUCUAUGAAUUCUGAGUUCUGAGAUCUCGCAAUUCUCUUUAUCGCAUUGUUUUCUCAGAAUUGUGAGGAAAAAAAAAUAUUGUUAGAUAAGUAGUCACUAUUUAUUUAUUUAUUUAUCCAUCCAUCCAUCCAUCCAUUCCUUGGCGGAAACAAGCUUCCAUACUUUUUGGAACUGGGACUGUCCAGCUUCACAAAUAACAAAAAUACAACAAUAAAGUACUAUAAAUGUUGUAUACCUCCUUUUGUGUUCUUUGAAAGAAAGAAAAUCAUACAGGUUUGAAACAACAAGAGGGUUUAAAUGAUGACAGACUUUUCACUUUUGCAUUAACUAUAAUACACAUUUAGCUCAUAUUGUGAUAAUAAUUGUGAUAAUAUCUCAGCUUCAUGAUCUGUACUGGUCAAGGUUUGUAAAUUAACCAUCUGUUCAUUGGACUGAUCAGCCAAAGCUCUUGCUCUCAGGGUUGUCAUCUCACUGGCUGGAACCAUCACAAUUUCUUAAGCAUUCCUUUUGUGCUGUGCUCCCUUAGGCCAUACGUAUUUGAAUAACAUUCAAAAUGAACUUGAAUUUUGUAGAUAACUUGUAUUUUUGAUCAGGGCUAAUAGGAGAUCAGGGGCAAGUUGGUUGUCACAACCACAGAUUGUCAGUUUUACCACAGACACACUCAAACACAAACAAACAAGAAGUCUGCAGUUUUUACUUCUCAAACUACUAAACUGAAGUCUGUUAAACAAGUAUUUAAAUUCGCAUGGCCUUCACAAUCAUAUAAAACUCUUAACAGUUACUGGUUGUAUCACAAUUUUUCUAAAUGUGUAUGUAUUAUUGCUUUACAUUUUAAAAGAAAUAAUAUUUCAUGUAUUAUGAAUAUAGAAAGUGUUUGGUCAAUAGUUGUAAUCCAAGUGUACACAAACAUACUUAGCUACAAAUUCAUUAUAGUGUUUAUAUUUAUGUUUUUCAGCUGAAAUGUGUAUGCUAUUGAAACACCUCACCUUAGUAAGUGAACAUGUAUUUACACUUUAAGUGUUGCAACACUCUGUUUGGUACGUUUUUGCUCUUUUAAAGAUUUAGAUGAUAGUAAGUGCUGUUUGUGAAGGUUUCGGUUUGAACUUGAAAUAACUUUUGAUUUAUUUUACGUUUAGUUUUUUUCUAUGAGUUGCAUUAACGAUAUAAUUUUCUGUAGAUACAUGAGGCCGUAAAGAUACUUUUAUUAACCCAGCAAGUGAUAUAUCUGUGGUGUUAUGGAAGUGUUGCAUAUAAUGUUCAGUUUUGCAAGUGUAAUACAUUUUUGUAUGUUUAUGUAUGUUUCUAAAUUAUUUUAUGACUUUCCGUUAUUCUGUUGCAUUGUAAGUGUUCAAUAUUUGCCAUGGUUGACUGUUUAAAUAUCUUUUUCUUUUUUUUUUGGUGUUUUAUGCUUUAUUACUAUGUGUUUUACUUGGGGUUUUGUUGAUGCAUUAUGAAGUUUGCAUCCAUCAUACAGCUUUCACUGCCACUCAGCCUGAGAUUAAUCCAUUUAGAUUUCCAUUGACCUCGAAUUUAGCAAAAUGACAAUUUAUAACUGAUAUGAUGCUUGAGGAGUUGUGUUAGCUUUAAGAGUGCAUUCUGAAUGUACAAAAAUCCUUCCUCUUACUUUUGAGUCACUAGAAAAUGCUGUUUGAUAAAUUGUGGUUUUAACAUGUAAAAAUGAUUUAAAGCAUACAGUUUACCUCUGACUCCAAGCCAAAAGAAAAUACACUGUAAAAAAAAAAAAAAGACCAAAUUAUAAUUUAAUGCCGUUUCUACCUGAAAAGCUUACAUAAUGUAUAAUGUAGAAUUUGGCUUAGUCUGUUCAUGAUACUUGACACCAAACUUUAAUACAUCAGGCUGCCUACCUGUCCUUGAGUUAUUAAAAAUAUUAAUUUAGUAAAAUGACUGAAUCCUCUAUUGAAACCGAAUCCACUUGAAACCUAACCCUGACCUCACUGUAAAUAUCAUUUGUGCCUUUUCUAGUUUCAGAACAGUUCGAGGCGUUGUGUUGUUAGCCAUUCUACUGAUUUGCUCUGCAUAAAAAAUGUGAACCUUUCACAUGAAGGUAUUUGUGAUUGUGAUUUUGCUGCAAUGUUUGUAUCGCCCCAGUUUUUGUAUUUGUAUUAAGCCCAUGUUAUUUCAUACCAAUGCUUUUUUUUAUCAAGGAAACGUCUUCCUCUCUGAAUCAUUAUUUGAGUCUAUGCCUUUUCUAUGCCUUUGGUUGAUCAAUAAAUGCAAAGAAAAAUCUUG